AUGAAACUCUUUCCACCCUUCAGCAAGUGUUUCUGCCUCGGCUUCGUCGUGAUGGUUCUGCUGCAACAGUCAGCGGGGCUAAAUUCAGACAGCCCUGCCUGCAGCCAAAUGGGAGAUGACCCUGCGUGCUUGGGGUCUCUAGUGGCCAUGCCUGUUCCUUCACCAGAAAGUGGUUGCGACGGGUUGGGCAGCUGCAAACUCCGCAUCCUCGUGCCUGAAGAGCUGGCGACGCCCGAGGAGGUGCAAGACGUUCCUGCUGGAGAGCAGCAGAUGGAAUUCAAGCAAGUCCUGAAGCACGCGGGAGAUCCCAACAAACAAAGCUCUUCCAGGACUAGGACCCUGAUGGAUCGGCUCAGCUUGGUGGAAACCAGAAUGGCCUCCUUGGCAUCGAGCCUGCGGAAAUUGCAGGAGGAGAGCAGCCUUCGUCUGAACCGCCUGGAGGAGCACGUCAACGCCUUGGUGGCCCUGUUGCUGGGCAUCCUGUCAGGCUGCAAGCUGCCAUGCAGUGAAUCAGUCCUGGAGACCUCCAUUCUUGAUUUAGGGAAAGAGUACAAGACGGAGAAGACGCCAGCACUCUUGGUGGAACCCUCUGAAAAAUCUGAGCACGUGUAUCCUCGAGACUGUGCGGAGAUCCACAAACAAGGCAUCCAAGACAAUGGGAUUUACACUAUCCAGCCCAUUCCUCUCCGGCAACCCUUUGAGGCCUAUUGCGACAUGGUGACAGACGGUGGUGGCUGGACCAUGAUCCAGCGCCGGCAGGAUGGCACUGUGGAUUUCAACCGCACAUGGCAGGAGUACAAACAGGGAUUUGGCAGCCUGCAAGGUGAGCAUUGGCUGGGAAAUGAGUACCUCCACAGCUUAACCCGGCUGGGUCAGCAUGCCCUGCGUGUAGAGCUGGAGGACUGGCAUGGAGUCAAGCGGCACGCCAUCUACCGCAAGUUCAAGGUGGCCAGUGAGGCCCACCAGUAUCGCCUGACUGCCAGGGAAUAUCAAGGCAGCGCGGGCAAUGCUCUGAGCUACAGCCGGAACUACAACCACGAUCACAAAUGCUUCACAACCUGGGACAGUGACAAUGACAACUACCCCCUGGGCAACUGUGGCGCGUACUAUGGGGCAGGCUGGUGGUUUGACUCUUGCCUGGCAGCCAAUCUUAACGGGAAGUACCACCAUGGACGCUACAGUGGGGUGACCAACGGCAUCUACUGGGGGACAUGGUACAUUUUGAUUGAUAAGAGGACCAACCAGAAGUACUCCUUCAAGAAGGUAGAGAUGAAAACCAGGCCUGUCCACUUUUAAGAGGAGCCUGCUGGGUGUGGAUUUGUGUGGCAGGCAAAGUGUCUUAAACAGAAAAUGAAAGAAGAUGGCCUGCUACUGAGGUUGAUUUGGCUAUAGCAAGGGAAUGUGCAUGGACUGGUUCAAAAAUAACACAAAAUCCCUGCUCUUGAUGGCUAAUCUUGCACAGACUGUAGAAAAGAAAGGAUAAAUAGGGACACAUGUAGUCACCAAGAUGCCAGCAACUCUUUGUAACAAGCACCAAGUCUUGAUCCCAUAUCCAACAACCUGAAUUACUGACGCUGCACUUCUCCCCCCACACCCCGGUCACUUCCAGGAAGUAGCUGAGUUACAGGAAAGCUGCUCCCAUACUCCCCAGUGGAAUUCAUUUCUGUAUCAGCACACGUGUCAGCAGUUGUAAAGAGAUUUAUUUUGCAGGUGGCUGCAACCUCUAUUUUAGCUGAUUUGGAGCUUAAACCGCUGUUAAAUUUACUUUCUAUAUCAUGGCUUGCUCUCAUAGGCAAUGAGGAAGUCCUGCAUGGAUGUGGAGAACGAUAAGAUCAAAGGAAUAGGUUCCAGUAAUCUAUCACCAAUACUUUUGCUUCCCAGUAAGACCUUCAAUUGGGAUUUUCAUAGAAAGGACUCUGAGGCUUUGGGAAUGAUCUGGACAUCUCAGUGCUUCACAUCUAAAGAGUGGUCAGGGCUGGCUUACCUGGACACCCUGCUCUUUUACCCUACGGAGUAAAACAUUGCAGAAAUUAGAAAGAGGCAUUCUGAAUUAUAUAAAGGCAUUUGUAAGAUUAAUAUGCUUUUCCUGGGCACUCGAAACAAAGAUGUUUUCUAUUCAAGGCAGGCAGAUCCACACCAAGCCAAAGACCCAACAUCUUGAAUAGCUCUGGGGCAGGGAGGAACUUCUGACCUGUAGUUUGGUCUGCAUUAACAGGGAAUCUGAACACAUCCUUCCUCCUUUGGGACAAUGGCCUUGCCUAUAUAUUUGGGGUGGGGUGAGGAGAAUCCAAUCUGAGGGACAUACAGUGGUGGAGGCAUACAUACAGGAUCAGGAAACAUUGUAGCCCCUCUGUUCCCCACACUCAGGUACCUCAGCUCAUAAUUUGGGACUCAACU